CUCCGACCUCGGCAAGCAGGACCCAAAGGAGGAACUGUUGACUCUCUCGAAGAGAUGAGAGUGCCCAGAUCAUGGAGGCAGAAAGAGGCUCGCCCAGGAGGCUGCGCUGCAUCGGCCGGCGGCUCUACGACGAGAACGAGGACCUGUCCGACGUGGAGGAGAUUGUCAGCGUGCGCGGCUUCAACCUGGACGAGAAGCUGAGGAGCCGCAGUUACCGCGGGGACUUCGUGCGGCCCAUGGACGGGCAAGAUUUCACUUUUGAAUACGUGCAGCAGGAAGCGCUAAAGGUCCCUCUCAUCUUCCGAAGUAAGGCUGGACUGGGAAUUAAGAUGCCGGAUCCCAGCUUUACUGUCCAAGACGCUAAGAUGCUCGUGGGGAGCCGCCGAAUUGUGGAUGUAGUGGAUGUGAAUACCCAAAAAGGCAUUGAAAUGAGCAUGGCUCAAUUUGUGCGCUACUACGAAACCCCCGAGGCAGAGCGUGAGAAGCUGUACAACAUGAUCAGCCUGGAAUUCAGCCACACCAAACUAGCCAACAUUGUUAAGCGUCCCAAUGUUGUAAGUGGAGUUUCUAGCUGA